UCCAAUCAGGUGGCUCCCAAGGCGGCGGUGCUGACGAGUUGAGAGGAAAUGGCCGGAAGGUCCCUGGCGUCGAAGGCCGAGCCCGCCGCAGCAGCCAUGGACAGGGCGGAGAAGGACGGAGGUAGCUCCACAGACGCCUCUGCCGACAAAGGGGCGUCUCCUGACGCUCCGGUCCCGGGGGUCCCUCCGCAUCCUCCUCCCAGACCCAGCGGGUGUCCGGAUUCCCGGCCGCGCUCACCCGGCUCCACAGUGGGGCCCCGGGUGGCCGCUGGGACUUGGCCGGAAGUCCGGGAACGGCACGUUUCCCCGGCGUCUCCCCUGCGGGGCGCUGGCGGCCGCCGGGUGUUUUGCGGGGACGUUCACACUUAGAGUGGAGAGACCUGUACGGUGACGUCCCCCCGUCCCGAGCCCAUCUGUGCCCCGAGUUCAGACACUGCCGUUAAUAAACGCCGCUCCCACCCGUGUGGACGCGGGCUCGGUCCACGGCAGGUGCCCUGUCGCGUUUUUACAAAAUGCGGGUUUGAAAACCGAGACGAGCUGAGCACAGGAAACGUGCCUGCGGCGAGUCCGGCACAGGGACGGCGCCAGCGAAGGACAAGCGCGUAAACGGGACCCACGCAGACGCUUCCCUUUCAUUAAGAACCCGCCGGCCCGCCAGUAGGGUGGUCUUUCCGUGCUCCUCACAGGACCUUGUGUAUUUACAUGAGAUUUAAUCAACAUGGCUGGUGCCUCAUUUCAAACUGCUAUGACGGAAGUGCAGUUAUUUCUCAUCGUGUUCAAGAUCAAGGGCAGGACACAUCCUCACAGAAAAUUGAAGACUUGAUGGAAAUGGUGAAAAAGCUGCAGAAAGUGGGAAGCCUAGAGCCCCAAGUUGAGGUCCUGAUUAACCGGAUUAAUGAGAUCCAGCAAGCAAAAAAGAAGGUCAAUGAAGACGUAGGAGAGGCCCGGACCAUCUCUGAAGCCCUGCAGAAGGAACUGGACUCGCUGCAUGGAGAGAAAGUACGCCUGAAGGAGAUCUUGAGCAAAAAGCAAGAGACCCUGAGGAACCUCCGGCUGUACUGCCAGGAGAAGGAAAGUGAGGCACAGAGGAAGCAUACCAUGUUGCAGGAGUGCAAAGAGAGAAUUUCUGCUCUGAAUGUACAGAUCGAAGAAGAGAAGAAAAAACAGAGACAGCUGAGGUUGGCUUUCGAGGAACAGCUGGAAGAUCUGAUGGGCCAACACAAGGACCUCUGGGACUUCCACCCGGAGCAGCUAGCAAGAGAGAUCUGCACCCUGGACAGCAGCAAGGAGCAGCUGCUCAAGGAAGAGAAGCUGGUCGAGGCAAAGCUGGAAGAUGUGAAGCAACAGCUGUGCUCCCUGUGUGGUGCUGAGGGCGCCUCCACCCUUGAUGAGGGGCUCUUUCUCCGUAGCCAGGAGGCAGCAGCCACAGUGCAGCUGUUUCAGGAAGAGCACAUGAAGGCUGAGGAGCUCCUAGCAGCUGCAGCCCAGCACCACCAGCAGCUGCAGCAAAAGUGCCAGCAACUGCAGCAGAAGCGGCAGAGGCUGAAGGAGGAGCUAGAAAAGCAUGGAACACAGGUCCCUGCCCAAGCCCAGAGCACACAAGAGGAAGAGGCUGGCCCAGGAGAUGUGGCCAGUCCCAAGCCCCUAAAAGCCCGUGAGAAGAAAGACCUGGAGCUGCACACCAAGCAGGGCUUGAUGUCCUCAUAGGCCAAGAGGACACACUCCACCCCUGACCCUGGCCCAAGGCGCUAAGAAAGGAGCUAUUUGAAACAGCCCAUCUCGGCCGAGUCUACUGUUGAGUAGGAGUCAGGCUGAGACCUCCAGGCUCCCGUGACUGACCGAAGCCUUUGCUUGACUCUGCCGCUUGGUCUGGGCCAGAGAUAUACCACAGGUUUUCAAUAAAUGCUUCCUUAACCUCCUGGU